GCAUUGGAACAUAUUCAGUGCUUGAUCGAUUUUAUAGACAAGUACAUUACCCCCAAACGAACUUAUUUACAGGGUACAAGCUACGAAACGGUCUACUUUUCAGACCUUUGGCACCUGUUUCAGAUCGGGGAUAUCGUCCUUGAUGCCGACGGCAAGCAGGCAUACCAGGUCGUCCGUGUCAAGUCUUCAAAACACAGAGGGGCCAAUCGUUGGACGCCUUUUCAGAAUGGAAAUAGCGCCUCCAAACAAGAAUCCAUCUCCAUCCAGUGUGUUUAUGUUAGCUUCGAUGGAAAACUUCUCGGCCCAGUCUCCGAAUGGUUCACCAUCCGCAAGUAUGAUGGUGAGAGGAACAUCACAGCAUUGCCUAUUUACCCUCUCCGCUUUCGUGUGCACAACAGCUUGUCUUCGCAGGGCUUCAAGCCAAAGGACGAUGACGCUGCGUCAGAAGACACACUUGCCAGUGGGGUAGCUGAGCUCGAGCAAAGCCUCAUCAAGAGAGGAAAGUUGUUUGUUGAUGUGGCCGGUGUAAAGCAUAUGUAUUAUGCUGGUCUUACGGUUGAUGCCCGCGACGAGGUUGAAAGCCAGGUGGUCAUUGAUACCGAAGAAGGAAUCAUGAACAUGGAUGACAAGUGGCGUCCGAGAAUCACUCGGCUUCUAGGGGCAACAAACGAUCACGACACCAAUUCUGAAGCGGAUGAAGAGGAGUGUACAGCUGAGUGCUGCAGGAGAGAACGUGUCCAUCUCGACGCCUACGUGGAAGACAAACUCUAUGAAGAGUUCAUCAACAAUGCUAUCGCCGAAAUACAGGAUACGCCCCAUAAGUUGCCGUCCGUAGCCAUCUUUCCGAGGAAUCUCGCCGAGAUCCAAACCGAGGAUAAUGAGCUGAAGGACAAGGAACUGCUCAUCAUGGCUUCUGCUGUGCCCGGUUAUGUGCUGCGAGACCGCACAUGGGGUAUAAACCCUGCUGAGAAGAUAAUUGCACCUGAUGAUGACAGUUCAGAUGAUGAUGACCAUAGUGCCUUUGGCCGACUAGUUCUUCCUAAGGGCCACAAAGAAAUGGUUCUUUCGCUCAUCUCCCAGCAUUUUCGAAACAAGGCAUCGCAAAAAUAUCAAGAGGAGCAAGUCGACAUUGUCCGUGGCAAAGGUAUGGGCUUAAUCAUUCUCCUUCAUGGAGCCCCAGGUGUUGGAAAGACGACCACGGCUGAGGGAGUUGCUGAGAGGUUCCACAAACCACUGUUUCAGAUCACUUGUGGUGAUCUUGGAUCCGAUGCUGCAGCUGUCGAAUCGAGUCUACAAACAAAUUUUGCUCUGGCCAACCGGUGGGAUUGUAUCCUUCUGUUGGACGAGGCAGAUGUCUUUCUCGCAGAGAGACGGCGGGAGGAUUUCACAAGAAACGGACUGGUUGCAGUUUUCCUGCGAGUCCUAGAAUACUACAGCGGAAUUUUGUUCCUGACAACCAACCGGAUCGGAGACUUUGACGAGGCAUUCGCGUCGAGGAUCCAUAUGAGCUUGUACUAUCCGCCGUUGGACGAGAUAUCCACCAGCAAAGUCUUCAAGCUGAACCUCGGCAUGAUCCGCGCGCGAUAUGGCGAAAAGGGAAAGAAGAUCAAGAUCGACGAGGUUGAGAUCAUGCAUCUAGUUGGGCACUACUGGCGGCAUAACAGCAAGGCGAGAUGGAACGGCCGCCAGAUCCGCAACGCUUGUCAGACUGCACUGGCACUCGCCGAGUUUGAUGCCCAGCCAAAGGAACACAAGUACGACCUCAAGCCUGCCAACCCAGAUCUCACGGUCCACCUGACUGUGGCUCACCUGGAAACGGUCUCCAAGGCAUACCUGGAGUUCAUCGAGUACCUCAAGGCGGUGCACGGCACAGACGCCGAUACUCAUGCCAAAGAGUCUGGCUUUCGGGCU